CGUCAAUCCGGUUGAAUCAAAGGGCGCCAAAACUAUCUUAAUUCAGAACCUAACACUCAACAUGCGAUUGUAUCUCUUGAUAUGUCUCGCUGCAGCUCUAAUAGCCGGAGUCAUUUCUAAAAAGGGUAACAAGAAUAACGCCGUAGCCGGAGUUAAUCCUAAAAAGGGUAACAGGAAGAGCACCAUAGCAGGAGUCAGUUUUAAAAAGGGUAAGAAGAAGAGGACCACCAAGGCUGUGGAAGAAGAUGGUGAUUGGAAUAAGUAUGAGACACAUCCAGACAAGCAGCUUGGACCAACGAAUGUCAAUCCAAAUAUGGGAGCUGAGAUCGUAAUUCCGCGAAAUGGAAAAUGAAAAUCUUAGUGUAGUUGAAUGGCUACAAUAAACU